AUGAUUUUAAAAAAAAGGAUCAAAUCGAGUUUCAUCAUCUGUGCUGCAAUUUCCGUAAUUAUACCUUUUAUUUUACGGCACAAAUCAGUACGGAAAUCUGUCAUUUAUCGCAGUUCAUGUGGUCAUCGCAUUCCUGAUUUCGAUGGGACCAAUUCUUCGUGCCGAUGUGCUCGUGGUCCUCAGGUGUACCGGUGGCCACCAGUGCGCGUUCCGGAGGAUCUCACCUGUGCGGAUUCCUCGUACGACCUGACGUUGUGUGUGCGAGUGAAGUCCUCGGAUGAGCCCAUGGAGACGAGGUUGCACCAGCGAUUGAAGAUGCUAGAUAAGGACUGCGAACACGGUGACGAGGAAUCAGCUAUACUUCGGUGGUUCGAGUUGGAGGGUCACAAGUUGGAUGGUGGUGAGCGUGGAUACGACAUGUAUCCGUUGGCCAUCAAUCUCACCAACACCCUGGCUGCCAUAACCCACGGGAAAUGGGCAUCGUAUGCCCUAAUCACCAAUCCUAACAUCAAACUCAUUCGCACCAGUCGCACUGCCUGUGCACCUCACGACCAGGACUCGAAGGACAUCUACGAUCUUGUGGUUAUCUUCAAAUCUGCGCCAUACCACAUCAAGGCGAGAAGUCGCAUUCGUGAGGCAACUCGCAAUCUGCCA